CCACAAUGUGGUCCCUUGUGGCAAUUCCAUUAAGUCGAAUUAAAUGAGAUCACUCUUGGUCCCCUGCUGUCUGCUAAGCCAGGUAAGUCCAUCUCUGCUGGGAUAUAACUGCUUUUGAUAUGUCAUGCUCAUUGACAUAAGAAAUAUCCAGCAGAGCAGUCCCAUCAAAUCACAGGCGGACGUAUGACCAGCCACUUAAUCCAAAACAGGCUUUUAAAAAGUGUGGUGCUUAAAUAGAGGGCACGGAUAGUACUUUGCCCACUUUGGCACGGCUCUGAGAGUAUCACCACCACCACACCAGCCACAUAUCAAGUCAUGGGCAACAGCAAGAGCUGUGCUCUCUCCAAGGAGGUGCUGGAGGAUCUGAAGCUGAACACCAGGUAUACAGAGGAGCAGCUGUACACCUGGUACCAGACGUUCCUGCGGGAGUGUCCCACGGGCCGCAUCAGCCAGCAGCAGUUCGAGAGCAUCUACGCCAGCUUCUUCCCGGACGCCGACCCCAAGGCGUACGCGCAGCACGUCUUCCGCAGCUUCGACCAGAACAGCGACGGCACGCUGGACUUCAAGGAGUACAUCGUGGCGCUGCACCUCACCUCCUCGGGGAAGACCAUGGAGAAGCUGGAGUGGGCCUUCGCCCUCUACGACCUGGACGGCAACGGCAGCAUCACCAAGAACGAGAUCCAGGAGAUCGUCAGGUCAAUAUUCAAUAUGAUCUCUAAAGAAGCCCAGAAAAAUCUCCCUCAGGAUGAAAAUACCCCAGAAAAGAGAGCUGAUAAAAUCUGGGACUUCUUUGGGAAGAAGGAGAAUGAUAAGAUAACAGAGGGGGAGUUCAUUCAAGGGAUUAUGGACAACAAGAACAUCCUGAGACUGAUCCAAUUCGACGAGCCACAGAAAGUCCAAGAGCGGUUAAAGGAGAAGAAGCACUAGAGUUUCAUCUGAAUGCAUCACCAGUCGGUCAUCCAUCAUGCUACUCAAAGCCUCUCGGCCUCGCCAUUUUUAGGAGACAGAUGGCGAAAUCACUGACAAGUAUUUUAUUCAUAUUUAUUUGUUUUAUUUUCAAACAUCAUUCAACAUUUUCCUUCAGGUUUACAGUCAACUCCCCUUCUGAAUUGGACAUCUUAAUAGCUCAAGCAUGCAAUGUUAUCUUAUAGUGUUAUAGACGUCUUUUUCUUUUAUUAAAACAUGUGCAAGAUGUACUGUAAUGUAUUUUACAACAAAGAUAGAAAAGUAUGUUCUUAGACAGUUGAAAAAUAACUUGUGAAAUGUGUAUCAUUUCUGUACAAUUGUCAUUAUCAUUAGCAGUCACAGUCAAAACCAUUUAUAACAUACACAUAUUAAUAUGAAUAGUACAUUAUUAUUAUUAUUAUUUUGCAGACAAGAACAUUAUAAUAUUUUUUCUCAGAACACGUCACCUACAGUACAAAAUGCUUCUUAUGUCCCGAAAGA